AUGACGCAACCGAAAGGAUUCGAAGAUAACACGCAUCUAAACCAUGUCUGCCAUCUUCGCAAAGCGUUAUACGGCUUAAAACAAGCGCCCAGGCAAUGGUACAAUACGUUUGCGAACACCGUAAUCACACUCGGGUUCACUCAAAGUCAGUCCGACCCAUCGCUUUUCAUAUACAAGAAGGAUCAGGUUUGCAUUUUUUUACUAGUAUAUGUAGAUGAUAUUCUAAUCUCGGGUAAUAAUUUGGACAGAAUACAACAUGUGCUGGACGAGCUUAACAACAAAUUCAACAUGAAGCAUCUUGGGGAGGUUUCGGAAUUUCUGGGUAUUAAAAUAACAAAACAGGAUAACAGCUACUUCCUAUGUCAAGAAAACUAUGUCCAGCAAAUCCUCGCUCAAGCCAAUCUGACGGAAUGUAAAGAGCUGGCCAAUCCCACGUGCACCAAGAUCCCAUAUACAUUUAACUGCGAAACAAACCUUCAAGUUCCAACCAUGUAUCGCCAAAUCACGGGAUCUCUUCAAUAUCUAACCAUUACACGACCGGAUAUCUCUUACAGUGUUAAUCUAUUGUCACAACAUAUGCAUGAACCUCAACCUCAGCACGUUUAUCUGCUCAAACGGCUUCUUCGCUACCUCAAAGGUACGUCAAAAUAUGGCUUACCUGUAACAAAAUCUGAUCUCCAACUUCAAUCUUUUUCAGAUGCCGAUUGGGCGGGCGACCCAGAAUCAAGAAAAUCUACCUCAGGUUACUGCUCCUUUCUCGGCAACACCCUCAUUUCAUGGACGGUGAAGAAGCAGCACACCAUUGCAAGAUCGUCGACCGAGUCUGAGUAUCGCGCACUGGCAGCCUUAACGGCAGAUGUUCUCUGGAUUCAUAGGCUGCUGUUCGAAUUUGGCAUCACUCAGUCUACUCCAACCAACAUAUACUGCGACAACACCUCCGCAAUAGCUCUGGCAAAUAAUCCGGCGUCAGAGACGCUGAUUCUUCCUCAAGAUGAGAAAUGGCCUUUUCUUCUUCGCUUCACCAUAUCUUCUUUUGGUGUCUCUGUUGGUAUAGGAAUCCAAGCCUUCCUCUGGAAGAUAAUAGCCACAUCUCCUUCCAUGAGCUUUCUUCAUGUAAGCUCGGUUAUCUACUACGUCCUUUGGUGCAUCGCAGUCUCUUUGAUGAUCUUAGUGGCCUCCACAUAUGUUCUGAAGAUGAUAUUUUACUUCGAAGCUGUGAAAAGAGAGUUUCUUCAUCCUAUCAGAGUCAACUUCUUCUUCACUCCAUGGAUAGGCUGCAUAUUAUUAGUAGUCAGUGCUCCUCCAUCCAUUGCAAAGCACUUACAUUCUGCUCUAUGGUAUGUACUAAUGGCUCCUAUACUAUUCCUUGAGCUCAACAUCUAUGGGCAGUGGAUGAUGGGAGGAGAACGAAGGCUUUCGAAGGUGGCGAACCCGUCGACGCAUCUGUCGAUUGCAGGAAACUUUGCAGUUGCAUUGCUGGGAUCAUCUAUGGGGCUCAAAGAGGGACCGGUCUUCUUCUUUGCAGUGGGUUUGGCGCAUUAUCUUGUCUUGUUUGUGACUCUUUAUCAGAGGCUUCCGACAAAUGAGGCUUUGCCGAAGGAUCUUCACCCAGUUUUCUUCUUGUUUGUGGCAGUGCCAAGUCUGGCUAGCGUGUCAUGGAGUAGGAUAGUUGGGCACUUUGAUCUUGGCUCAAGGAUAGCUUACUUCACGUCCAUGUUCAUUUAUGCUUCUCUGGUUGUUCGAGUUAACUUCUUUCGAGGCUUUAGGUUCUCUCUGGCUUGGUGGGCUUACACAGUUCCUAUGGCCAGUGCUUCAAUCGCAACCAUCAUUUAUGCAGGAGAAGUUGAUAGUCUCUUCAUGAAGAUCCUAUCAGUGGCUCUCUCUUUCAUAUCUACUCUUACAUGCUUAGCUUUAGUCAUCAGCACUAUUUUUCAUGCUUUUGUUUUGCAUAAUCUCUUCCCUAAUGACAUUGCCAUUGCCAUCACAUUGAAGAAGUCGAGCUAAGUAAUCAGUGAUAGAGGCCUUUUCUGUGCAAAGAAUUUGUUCUGUGCUAAUGUGCUUUGGAUCUUAGAUUUUAUUUUAUUAUGGUAAUGGUGUUUGUUGCUUGU